UCGGGGAACGGCACGACCCAGUGGCGGGAAGCGGAGGGGGAACACAAUGGCGCCCCCGAGCCGGGCCCGCGGCUUCUCCAGCGCAGCACGUGCUGAGCCCCGGAGCCCACUGGCCGGUCCCGGGCGCCAGGGGGCGCUGCAGCAGAAGCGGGAGGGAGGGAGGUCAGAGCUCGGCUACUGGAGCAGCAAGCGGCGCACUCCCCUCGCCGUGGUCUCCCUCCGCUCCGGGCCAGGCCCGGCCUCUUUCCCUCCGCUCCGUUCCCCGCCCGAGCCCCGCGGACAGCGCCCAGCCGCCACUUUGUUUCCCCCGCGGCCGGCAGCGUCUCCCACAUGGCCGCGGCCUAGCGCCGAACAAUCGGCCUCCGCACGCGCAGCCGCCAUGUCCCGGCCCCGCCCCCUUCCCUCGGCAACAUGGCGCCGCCGCGGCCCCGCAGCCUCCGCCGGCCACUUCGCAGUUGAAAGCGCGGCCCAGCCACGACUCUUUCCCCUACCCUUCACGGCGGCCGAGGCGGGGAGCAGCGAGGGAGGAGGGGGAAGGCCUAGCCCUGCCAGCCAGCCAUCCAGCCCGGCCCCGCGGAGCCCACGCCACCCCCGCCCCUCCCAGAACAAAAGCCCACGCGGACCGGGCCCCUUUAAAGUCCCACUCGCCGCCGCAGCAAACUUUCGACCAAGCUUGCUCCCAACUCGGCCCCGUCCUGCCCCGCGUGGCCAGCUCCGACCCGCGCCACUCCCCACCUCACACACAUACCCCCAUGUGCCGCUGCCGCUUUUGUUCUGCGGAGUUGCUCACACUCGAACCGCUUGGCCUCUCCCGGCCCCUCCCCCUUAUCGCCCCCGCCACGCACCUUCCUUCCCCUCCUCGGGCCGCCGGGCUCUGCUUUCUCUCCACUCCGGCGCGAGACCAAGCGGGCGGCGGUUACGGCGGCGGCCGCGCGGCCUUUUCAAAUCUCCCUCAUUCCGGCCCCGCCCGCCCCCCUUGCGCGCGAGCUCCGUCGCCGCCGUUACGCGCCCCACGCGCGCGCGCCGCCUUUCCUCGCCUGCCAUGCGCCCGCCCGCCCCCUUCCUCACUCCCUCCUCCCCCCCCGACUCGCGAGCUCCGCAGCCGCCAAGCCCACCUCGCUCUCGUCACAGCCAACCUCAGCCAAGAAGAAGGAAACUCCCGCCCGCGCGCCCCAACUAUAGCCUCCUUCGCAACAACAGGAGCUAGCGCGCGCUCUCCUCCACACUCACCAGCGAACAAACCUCCGCUUUCGCCGUCCUCUCUCUCUCUCUCUCCUGGGGCCGCCCCUCCCACCUCCCCCCUCCCACUUCGGAGCGCGCGGGGAAGUGGCGGGAAGGCGAGCGCUGCUGCGACGGGGAUGAUGAUGAUGGCGGCCGCGGCAUCAGGAGAGCGAGCGAGCGUGGAGGAAGGGGGUGGGGCGGGUGAGGAAGCGAGAAGGAAAACCAUGUGGACAAAAAAUAAAAUAAAAAAAGAAAUGAAGGGCGGUGGCUCCCGCCUCAACGUAAAUAUCCACAAGCCUCCGCUCCGCCCUCAUUAGCAUAGAAAACAAAGUGCUUCCGAGCGGCGCGGCGCCAAUCAGGGCGAGGCCCCGCCCACUCUUCCCGGAGCCCCGCCCCCAAACGCUCCUCCUCUUACUACAGCUUGGGACUGCGCGCGCUCUCCCCUCCUCCCUCCCUCGCGACGACGGCGGCGCCGCCGGGGCCCCUCCCUCUCUGGACUCGGAUUCCUCUCGAGGCGGAGGAGCUUUCCUCGAGAGCAUCACCCUGUUGCAGUCAAGGGUUCCCAAUUCCGCCUCCUUUGCCUCCCAAACUCCCCACGUAAUGCCGACCUAGUAAACAAGUAACUAAAACCCUGAGGGUUUUAAAUCGUUCUCUCCCCAAUGGACGUGAGGGGGAGUUUCCCGCCUCGCUCUCUCCCGGGGAGGGGGGUAAGAGUUGGGUUUAGGCCCCUCCGCCGCGAGUGGGGAACUUCGGAGCGGGGCUGUUUCGGGCGAGGAAGGCCCCUCGACACGAGCCCAGGGCGGCUCCCUUCGAGAGAAGUUUGGCCCUCGUCGAAGCCAGGCUUCGCUCUCGACACCAGUGAGGAAGCCCCGGAGUGGGGGGCGCCUUGUGCUUUCUCCGCCUUGUGUGGUGCAAGUGGCACUUUGGGGCAUCCCGCCCCCUUCCUGUCGUGUUGCCUCACUCUUUGGGGGCUGUUUUUGUGCGGAAGGCUCAGGCGGAGGAGGCUGGGCUUGAUCCCCCUCCCUCCCUCGCAAAGCCAUGGAGAGCCUCUGGGUCCAGACAAAGUGCCCCUCGUCCUUUCGUCCCUCCCUCCUUUUCUCCCGCUUCACUUCGAAAGAGAGCCACAGCCGCCUCCUCCUUUUCCUCCCUUUAUGGCUGGAACACAAUGAAGCACGUUUCGAGGGAUGGAGAUUGGGGACCGCGCUCGCAGAGCGGUCCCCUUGAGAAAUGGGGGACACUCCCCCCACCACUCAUUUUAUGUCUUUCGCCUUCAGACCUUAAGUUGUUUCGAAGCCCGCUGAAGUUUUUUAUUUUCUUCCUUUCAGUUAGCAAACUUUUGAAGUUCCCUUUGAAGGUUUUUCGAGAUGAUCACUACAUCUUUUUUAUUUGUUUUGAACUGAGUUUUCCCAAUUCGGACAGGUCUCCAAAAAUAGCCUAACUUGACUCUGAAAUAAACCCAAAAUAAUCAUUCGAGUUACACAUUUUUAAUUUCACUUUUUGUACUAAGUCAAGAAGAGGUCCUUGGAUUACACAGUAUAAAAAAGCUCUUGAGUUUUCAAAUGCCAGGGGGACUCUCUUAGGCUCUAAUUUUACGUUUACAUGUGGGGUUAUUCUGGAUUAUUUUGUCUGCGUGUUUGUUUUAUUAAGGCAUUGAAUGCUUGCCUUUUUGUAUGUCAGAAUCUUCCCUGAGUUCUCCUGGGGAGAUAGGGUGGAAUACAAAUAAAAGUUUUAUUCUUAUUAUCUUUAAAAUAAAUGAGAAAAAAUAUUGAGAAAAACAAUAAUGCAGCACCUCAGGAAACCUUUCCUUGUAGACAAUAAUGCCAAGUAUUUUGAGUAAGAUUGCUAUGCAGUGUACGCAGUAUUGUUUAGUUGUCAUCUUACUUGCUUAAACUUCAAGAAGAUCCAAGAUGUACUCAUUUAUGCUUGGUUGUGUUCGGGCAAAUUACAUUUUCUACACCAAAAGUGAUAGGAUUAGUGACAAGGAAUUUAUUUGCAUAUGGAAUGUUAACACACUCAAAAUAUGGGAAGUGGAAAUGCCUAGAAACGUAAAUCGCACAUAUAAUGUAAAAGUUGGUUGGUGUUUCUCUAGCUAUUUCCAUUUCCCAUUUCUGCAGUGUGUUAUGAAGAUUAUAAACAAAUAUAUUUUUAUAUUGUUCAGUCGUAAAAUGAUCACACACAUACAUAUGCAUUGUAUAUGUCUCAAUGCGUACUUUCUGUCAUCCUGAGUAAGAACUGAUGAGCCAAUGAACUUAUUUCUAGAUGAGCAUUCAGAAGAUCACACCACAUGUUAACAUGACAAAUCAGAAGUGUUUUUUGGUAUUUAUUAACUUGCGAAGAGUAAAGAAGUUUUUUAAAAGCUACUUUUCUUGAUGCUCCAAAAGCUUAUGCAAUUUUCUGUGUUAGAUUUGAACCAGAUUUGAGAGGAUGGCAGACUGAGAUAUGUAAGGAUUUGUAGUGUAUCCAUAACUGUAAAUAGUAUUUUUAUCAAGUUAAUAUAGAAAAUGAUUCUUUUUAUAAUUCUGAAGAAAGAAAUGAUAUUAAAUGUUCUGAAGUAAUUGAAAACCCUUUUUAUAAAGCAAUUAGAAAAUAUGGCUUAUUGUAUACUAGAAUAAUUGCAUGCUUUUCAUGUUAAGGCUUUUGGGACUGAAGACUUAUGAUUCCUGGGAUACAGAUUGGAGCCCACUCACAUACAGAAGUAUAGCACAGUUAUUCUACUUUUGUUGCUCAUGCAGUAUCCAACGGGAUCCCGGGAUUUGUAGUUUAGGGAAAGAGAUUUAGAAUUCUUAGCCAGAGUGCUGUAGUGCCUUUGUUGAUUUCAAUAUUCCAGUAUUCUAUAGAAUGUUGCUGUUGUAGCUAAGGUGGACUAUGAUACACUUGGUGUGUCAUAUGAAGAGAUACCAUAGGAUAAAUUGGAAUUCCUUUGAAGCUGAUAAUAGUGCUGCAACCUAUAAAUGCUGGUCCCAUUUCCAUAUUCCUGCCCAUAACCAAAGUUAUGAUUUCCAACCUCAGAAAGGGACCACAUAAGGGUUUUUGGGAGGCGUGGCAGCGUAGGAAGGAAAACCUGGAUGUGUUUAACAAUAUAUUUAACGAUUGAAUCCUUUCCAGGGUAUUUUUUCUGAGGGGAGCAUCCCAUGGCAAAGAGUUCAGGACUAUGAGAAAGCUUACAGACCAGAGCUUUUGAGACUGCAUGGUCCUUGCAGUUCUUCCCUGAGAUUAUUAUAAAUCGGUAGCUAAAAUAGAAGCGUGAAAGUACCCAUUUUUUUCUUUGUCUGGCAUUUGACUCUUUUAAAUCUCAAGUUCCCCAAAAAAGAACAUAUUUGGAAAUUGGUAAAUUGAUGAAAAAAACUAAGUAAAAUGAAAUUUUCCCCCAUUUGCACUGUCCAAAUUCAAGGUACAAGGUAUUCCAGGGAUGGAGAGGUCCAUGAUGCCACAAACUGAUUUUCAAAAUGAAAAACUGACCCUAAUUCAACACCAUAAACAUAAUUAAAUACGCAAAAAUUCAAUCUGUAUUUUUACUAAGACUUCUGAGAACAAUGCUGAAAUCUGCAUGGAUGGGCAAAUUUGACAGUAUCAGCUUUAUCUUCUUCCAUAGUCAUUAUUAUUAUUAUUAUUAUUAUUAUUAUUAUUAUUAUUAUUUUAAAAAAUUCCAAAUGGAAUAUAGAGAAAUGUGUGGAUUUUGGUAAAUUCUUGUCAUAAACAAUAUUCUCACCCAUGCCUUUCUAUCCACGCUUGGGAGAUUUUCCCACUGAAGCUUUAAAUCAGUUAUCAGUUUAUGGUCUGAAGUACAGUUAAAUAUGAUCAUGUGUAUGUCCUAACUACCUACACACAAAGAAUAAUGCUUGAGGAUGAUUAAACUACUCAUAUUUACCGAGAAGUAAGCCAGGAUAUAUAUAUUGAAGCCCCACAGGGAUGUAGUUUACAUACUCUUAGGCUGUGUGCAGGAUUCUGUUGUUAGUGUCAUGAAAAUUCCUGAAGUAAAAACCAAAUUCUGCUAGUCGGUCUUUCUUCAGUCCGGAUAAACAUGUAUACUAGACUAGUUAAUUCAGCUCCAGUAUGUAAAACUAAGUAAGCAAUAAGGGAAUAUUUUCAUAUGUACUUAGAACUGAAGCUGGCAACUGGUUUUAACAGAGGUCACAUUUUCAUUAAAAAAACUGUUUAACCCCUGUUCUUCCAAUAUAAACAAAAACCAGAGCUUUACCUUUCUUGAUGCUCAUAUCAUUUUCUGACCCAUUGUUUUACUGUUAUGUAUAAACUGUGCCACAUGAGAUUGAGACAGUUGCUACAGCUGAAGCAUUCUCCUUCUCCUGCCACACCACAGAAAUCUAACUUGCAAAGGAGUAAGCUAGAGCACUCUUCCCUCUGAAAUCAAGUAUUUCAUGGAUUUCACAUUGAUUGUUGUUUCCUUUUUGUACAGAAGAGCAUGAAGCCCUAUGAGGUUAUGGCUGAAAUAUGUACAUUCCAAAUACAGUUUUACUCCUUCCGCUAUUUGUAAGAUAUAGGUCUAGGACUAAGUGUUAGCUUGGUCUUUUCACUAUAUUAGUGAGAUGUUAUUCUAAUUUCAAACUGAACAUAUUUUAUAAUAUGCUUAUUUCAGAAAAUGUCAGUCCAAACUAGCUGAAAUAAAGUAAUGAUUGGGAUCAGUUUUGGUUCUCUUUUGAGACACUUAGGAUGCAUAUAGGAUGCAUUAUUUAAAACAUUCUAGCCAUUUAAAUCCCUUGCUUGUUUGUUUUUACAUGAGCAGCACACUCCAUGAGAAUUUUAGGAUCCAGUAAAUAGAAAAUAAGAAACAGACAUUUUAUGUGUGUUCUAAUGUUCUUUAUUUUAUUUUAUUUUUAGCUUCCCUUCAAAGAAUUUGAAGUGAUAUAUACAGGAUUAUUUUAUUUAAUUCAUGCACAAUUUAUGUCUCAUAAACAAACUUUAAUUUGUGCAAUGGAAGUUUCACCUCUGGAAUUCUGUGGAGCACAAUGGACUGCAGUGGGAAGAGGGAAUCCUCCCCAAUGAACAACUGACAAAUGCUAUUCCAUUUAGAGAAGAACAUUACUGGAUAAAAACAUAUGACCUAUAGGAGGAAAUCAUGACCAUGAAAACUAGGACUUGUGUGGCCAAGCAACAACAAAGUGUGGCUCAGAUGGCAAAAGUUAUCAACACACAACUUAAGUGAGACUACAGAAGUGGAAUUUUGCCUCAGCCUACAAGUAAAGACAAGAUUCUGUCUACCAGAAUUCAGUUUAAAGUUUGUAGCCAUUGAAAUGCUUUGGCAAUAGAGACUGGACAAAGGAGAAAACUCAGAUAUUCUAAGAGCAGCUUAAAAAUUUGGACAACAAGGAAUCAUAUGGCAUUGUCCCUGCCUUAUCAAGACUGUUGGAUUGGAAAAAGCAUUAGAUACCUAGCAUAUAAAAGAAGCACAGCUUAACAACACCAAAAACCUGACCAGGAGAGAAGGCACUGUAAGUGUUCCUGUCUUGUCUCGUCUUUCCUCUGAAGCUGUCAGGACCCAGGCUGCAGAGCACCAAUAACCAUGCGCAGAGACCAGAAUCUAUCUAUAUCUUUAUUAAAGGAAUAUAUAAAGUCAAUAAAAACAAGUGAAGAAUAAAGUUCAGAAGUAGACCUUUCAGGAAAGGUCAAAUAUAGUCCAGGAAAAUAAUCUCCAAAAGGUGAUAUUAAGGUCCAAAGUUAUAAUCCAAUAACCGAAACACACACUUUGCCGAGCAAAGUGUGGGGAAAUGACAAGGUCUUUUAGUCCAUUGGAGCUUGACAACAAGGCUGGAAAACAAACUAGAUUCUUGGCAAACAAGACUUGAUACGAGGCAACAAGAAGCAAGAACAAGGUCCGUGGCGAGGUCCGGGGAACAAGGCAGGCUUGGAACUUGGUCCUGGAAACAAGGAACUGGAGUUGCGUAGUCCACACACGAUCUCACUCCUCAAGCUGACGAGUUGACUCUGCAAGGUUUCCUUCGCGGCAAAACACCUAAAUAGGGUCUCGUUUCCCGCCGAAAGAACACUUUCCCUGGAGAACUAAAAGUGAAACCCAACUCUGUCCAUACGCAUGACUCCUUAGAAUUUCCCAAGGGAAGCAGACCUAAUCAGCUAAUUGUUUGGCUGCGAUUCUGGCGCUCCGGCGAUUCGCCUCCCUAGUUCCUCUAUCUCUAUUAUAAUUGUCCCUACGAGAAAACGGGGGAGAAUUCUGCCCAAGGCUUGUUUGGCUGACUUCUUGAGGGCAAACAUCCUCCAGGUGCAGGGGCUCCGAUUCUGGCUGAACCGGUGGAAAUCCCAUGUUUUCCUCCUCAUCUGCCACAAUAGUACUAGGAACGGGACUACAAGGCCCAUGAGACAUCACAGAAGCCAUUCCUAAGUGUUUGCAAUAUUGAGAUUGCUUUCCUUUAUUGGACUUCUCUGGGAGUAAAUCCUAUUAAACUGAAUGGGGCAUAAUUCUCAGCACUGAAACCUAAUCAGCUAUUUUAAUUAAAAAUUGUCUAAAAGUGCUGUGAAUUGGUGAGAAAACUUUUUAAAUAAUUAUUUUAAAUAUAAAUACCUAAAAACUGCACCUUUAAAAGACAUUCUAGUUUAUACAUGUAAGAAUGGGAGAUGCCUCUUACAAAAUGGUGCUUGUACUCCAUCCCUAUAUAAUUUUAAAAAGACAAAAUUAUCCUAUUAGAGCAUUUUCUCAUAUGCAAAUUUAUACAGAUUUAAUUGAACAAUUCAUCAAUUAAUCAGCCCAAAUGCAAAUUAAAGGAAAAGGCAAAAUCUUAACUAUUGGUUAGCUUUUUUGCUUUUCCUUUUUUCAUUUUCAUGUGCUGCCUUUGCAGACUUGAGUCAUUUUUCCUUGUCAAAAAUCUGUUUUUGCAAAUGAAGUCAAAUAGACUGAAAUUUAUAUACUUCACCUUUACAAAAUAUAAGGGAAAAUUCUGUAGAUUUCUAAUGAAGAGAGAUCCUGAAAUAUGAAGAGUCCGUAAAGGGUAUGAAUAUGUAGAAACAGGAUAAAUUAUUACUUGCUUGAGAUUCUUUCUGCUGCUUCCAACUAUGUGUGAGAAAACAAAAUUCCUUCUGAAGAAAGCUAUAAGAUGAAGAAUCGAAAAUAAUGUGAUGAUUCGUUAGAACUGUUGUCAUCCGGCACAAUUAUUUAUCUUUAUAAAGUAUAUAAAGACAUUUCAGACUUAUAAUCUGAAUUUUCUUGUAUUUUAUUAUGAUGAAAGGCAGAUUCUGGUGCAUUUUCAGAAGAUUAGUUCCCCCUCCGUAUACAGUGGGAGAGAUUUGUCUCAAUUCCAUUUAUUUAUUUAUUUAUUUAUUUAUUCCUGACAAAACAUAUUUAUUCUUUUGGCGAAUGCUGCGAAAUCAAUGGGAUUGUAAUACACUAUUUUUGACCACACUUACUUCUGAAUAAAUAAGCAAUUACUGAGUUGCACAAUGUUUAAAAUCAA